ACACCACCCAAAGCAAGCAGCCUCCUUGCUGUCCUAUACAUAGCCGUCCGAGUUUCAUCACGCGCCUAGUCGAGUAGGUAAGUCGCAGGUCGAAACAUAGAUAUAUCCACGACCGCGGCCAGUGUCUCUAUUGUCCUCACGUUGGAAUUGCAAGUAUCUCAACAUGCGCAAGCAAGCAGUCAUUUCCUCUGCAUUCGUUGUUUGCGCUCUCGCACAACCAUCGACGCCUACUGCCACUCCUUCGGGGACUGCCGGCGCGUCGUCAACCUCUGAUCGCGCCAGCGUGACCGUCUUUCUGCCCCCAGAAGCGACGGCCGAUGGCUUCGUCGCCACCGUGGUGUCUGCAGAUCCCUGUGCAACCACCUACGGCUUUGCCUGCACUUCCGGGAGCUUUGGUGGAACCGUGCCCUUCUGUGAGCCUUCAUACACACCACAAGUGACAUACUACGGCACCCAGAGCUUUUCAAUGUCUCAUUCCUUCUCCGUUGGGGGCGGCGUCUGGACCUUUAUGGAAGGCUGCAGUAUCCAUGGCUCGACUGAGGCCGUUUGUGCAAGGACUUACCACUAUGGUGGCAGCAAGAAGGCGACGAUCAACUAUUCCACCACCACUCUGACAGGCGACGAGGUGGUCUUUGCCACGGUCCCCAUUACAGCUGGAGCCAACAAGCUGGUAGGCAUCAAGUCUACGUCUUCAUGUCCCGCCCCGAGUACGUCGACAUCUGCGGGGGCCGCCGCCGCUUCAACUGGGGGUCUCUACCGAGCCCAGCUCUUGGCGGGAGCUGCUGGUUUGCUGGUGGGAGCCGUUGUAUAAGGUGUCUUCAUAUGACACACGAUCUUUCACGUGCGAGUCCCAGCUUCGUUUCCUUCAUCAUCGCUUGUUGAUCAGACUAGCGCUUCUCUUUGUGUCCGAACCUUCUUCGCCCUUGUAAUUCCA